GUAGAGCAGCUCUUUGAGUUCUAUCUGUCUGCAGUCCUUCAUUCCUCUUUCAGUUUCUCUCACAGGAGAAGAACCAACACCACCUGCGCUCAACACAGGGAAAUACAUUAUCUGGCACAGUCAUCUUUGGUCCUCGACCUACAAACAGCGCCCGAGACAAAACAUUCAGAAGAGAAGAAUUCAGCUCAGCUCUCACGCCUCUCAAAUCAGCAUGCAGCCUCCAGCGUAUUCCCUCGUGGACAAUAGUAGUGCAGUGCUGAUGCCUCCACCAUACCCUGGCCCACCUGUGGCGUCAGGCGGCUAUGUACAGGAAGUGAUAACAGAGAAAAAGGAAGUUAUAUUCCAGCCUGGGGCCCAGACUACCAUGAUCCAACAACCGGCCCAACAGGGGGUCAGUGUAGUCCAGCCCGGGGUCCAGACUACCAUGAUCCAACAACCGGUCCAACAAGGACUCACUGUAGUCCAGCCUGGGGCCCAGACCACCAUGAUCCAACAACCGGCCCAACAGGGGGUCACUGUAGUCCAGCCUGGGGCCCAGACUACCAUGAUCCAACAAACGGCCCAACAGGGGGUCACUGUAGUCCAGCCUGGGGCCCAGACUACGAUGAUCCAACAACCGGCCCAACAGGGGGUCACUGUAGUCCAGCCUGGGGCUCAGACUACAUACAUCCAACAACCGGCCCAACAAGGGGUCACUGUAGUUCAGCCUGGGGCCCAAACUACCAUGAUACAACAACCGGCCCAACAAGGGGUCACUGUAGUUCAGCCUGGGGCCCAAACUACCAUGAUACAACAACCGGCCCAACAAGAGGUCACUGUAGUCCAGCCUGGGGCCCAGACUACAUACAUCCAACAACCGGCCCAACAGGGGGUCACUGUAGUCCAGCCUGGGGCCCAGACUACAUACAUCCAACAACCGGCCCAACAAGGGGUCACUGUAGUCCAGCCUGCGGCUCAGACUACAUACGUCCAACAACCAGCCCAACAAGGGGUCACUGUAGUCCAGUCGGCAGCCCAGCCUGCAUUGGUCCAACAAAUGUCCAAACUAGCGGUCAGUGUUACCCAGCCUGCGCCCCAGACUACAUACAUCCAACAACAGGUCCAAUCUCCAGGAGUGGUUUAUCAGUCUGCACCUCAACCACAAAUUGUGUACCAGCAGUCUCGGGUUCAAUCCACUAUAGUCCAGCCUGCAGCUACUGUAAUCCAGCCCCAGUUUCUACCCACCGUGGUCCAGCAAGCAAGUGUGUACCAGGCCCCAGCAGCCUCCCAAGUGGUGUAUCGCUAUAUGUGAUCCCAUUCCCAUCCAGCUGGAGGACACCAUCAGGAGAACCUGGAGGAACCCAAAGAACACGGAGAACUCCAGCCUGCGUCAAUCAAUAGUACAACAUGAUUUAGAUACAUAUAUUCUUCAAAAUCUAGGGGAUUUAAAGUUAUCUUAUGGAAAAAAUAUAUAUUGUAUUUUAAAGGAAAAUCAAUUUUUGGGCUUUUACAAGAAGAAGAAAUGUUAAAUAGACGUGUAUAUUUGGUGACUGGAUUUUUUUAUACAGCUGCUUGCUUGAUAUAAUGUUUAAAAAAUGUUUAAAGUACGAAAGUCCGAAGAUGCCAUGAGUUGAUAAUAUAUAGAUAAAUAUAUAUACACACUGCAAAAAAUCCAUUGGUAAAUUAAGACAAAUAUGCAAAUUAAGACAAGUAUAUGUAUAUUAGCCAAAAAAAUCUGCCAAUGGGAUAAGCAAAAUUUUCUUAGUAAGAUUUCUUACAAAAAGCAAUGGCAAAGUCUCAAAAUGAGUAACACCUAAAUCAAGCAAAAAAAGUCACUGUUUUUGGACACAAGAAUCAGAAUAACGUAAUAAAGUAAGAAUAAUUAAGAUAAUUAUCCCUAAAACAAGCAAAAUAAUCUAACACUUACAAUGCUUAGGAAGACAAAUGUGACGUGGGGAUGAGACGGGAGGCGGAUUUAUAAGCGGGUAAGAACAAUACUUUAAUAAAUAACAAAUAAACAAAUAAACAAACAGGGGAAUAACGAAUAAAUAUAUAUACAUAAACAAACAGGGAAAACCAACACAGAGCUAAGCUAAACAGAUAAGUGGCUAAACUAAACAGAUAAUAACAAAACAGGGCUAGGGAUAUAUACAGAGUAAAAAUAAGUGAAAAAUAUACCAAACAAAGAAAUAACGUGACUAAGAAAUAUACCUGACAAAUAACAGACUAGAAAUAAACAAUAGCGUGUAAAUACAAGAACAUAGAAAGAGCAAUAACGUGACGUAGUAAACAAUAGCAAACGUGGCGAGACAAACGACAGAGGAAGGUGCAAAGACCGACCGAGGACAAGGUGGCAGAGGAGGGCUAUUUAUAGUAACACCUGGGGAAGGGGCGGAGCUACAAAUUAGACACACGUGACGGAAAAUUACAGGAGAAACACAGGGGAACAGAGCGAGACCGUGACAACAAAACGUUUUAUCAGAGAAGAAAAUAAGAUUUAUUGCCUUAAAUUUAGAAAAUUUUACUUGCUAAGAUUUAGUUUUUUGCAGUGUAGUGGUUUCUGGUUAAGAGUAUGCUGCGCACGAUUGGCUGCUGCCAAUGUUGAAUGGUGCUAUAUAAGUGUAACUGUAUCUCGUAGUGAGUAGAGUAGAAUGGAUUUGGGACACAGCCCUUUGUAAGUUUGUCAGUUUGCAUGCAGUUUAAGAACGCAGUGUCGAUUAGUGAACAUCCACAGAUAAUCUUAAAUAAUACGAGAAAUCAUGUUUUUGAUUAAACGUAAUUUAAUAAAAACCUAAGGUUAGGCUUCAUCAUAUGACCUCUAUCACUGGUAUCAGUGAUUAAUUGUGGUUUAAAUAGUGCUUGUGAUAAUCAGCAUAGUGAAAUCUUGAUUAAGAGCUAUACGUAUGUACAGUGUGAAUGUGGAAUGGUGGGUUAAGGAAUGCAGACUGGGCAGAAACCAGUAAAUCUGCUCUACACAAAAAGCUCAUUGUACAACAAUCACAAAAAUGCCCUCAGUUCUGUUUUAUCUUUAUUACAAUGUGCAGGCUAGGAUUCAUCUGCUCCAGAUACACACUGUGCAUCAUCUUUUAUCAUAUUUAAAGAGAAAUAAUAACUGAUAAAUAACUUUAAAAGGUCAUUGUGAAUUCUCCUGUACUGACUGUACUGUACCUGCGUUGUACACUGUCUUUGUGUUGUAAUGACUCUGAAUUAAAACACUUUAAAUGCA